ACAGAGGAUUUUACCGGCACUGCAACCCGGUUGUCAGCCCCUGACCCAGACUCUUAAACGGGCAGAACUCACCUCGGAGACCACGCAUUUCACCUCCAUCUUUUACCCGCGUUUUCUUUUUGUUGAGGGACAAAUAAGGACAGGACAUGAUUGGGGUGUGGAAGGGACUGCCCAUAUGUUGGUGUCUGUUGAUGCUGAUUCACUGUAUGGCUCAAACAGAUGCUGCCUUCACAUGUAGCUCCGCUCAGUUUAAGUGUGGAAACGGGAGAUGUAUCACCCGCAGGUGGAUCUGUGAUGGAACCAACGAUUGUGGCGAUGGGAGUGAUGAACUAACAGCUGUCUGCUUGGCUAAAACCUGCAGGGAGUCCCAGUUCAACUGUGGGGCUCCUUUAAACCAGUGCAUACCAAAGAGCUGGCAUUGUGACGGAAAAGCUGACUGUAACAACGGGGCUGAUGAGAAAAACUGCACUGUGAAAGAAUGCAAGGCUGAGGAGUUUAGGUGCACCAACGGCCAGUGCAUAUCCAAGGCCUUCGUUUGUGACAAAGACAACGACUGCUAUGAUGGCUCUGACGAGGUGGCGUGUCCCAAGCCCACCUGCAACACUCGGUCCUUCCAGUGCAACAACUCAGUGUGUGUGCCAUUAAUAUGGAAAUGCGAUGGAGACAGGGACUGUCUGGACGGGUCCGACGAGUGGCCGCAGAACUGUGAGGGGAGGCAGACAGAGAAUAAGCUGUCGCAGUGUAAGUUCCAGGAGUUUCAGUGUUCGAACGGAAACUGUAUUCCCAGCAUAUGGCGGUGUGAUGGAGAAGCAGACUGCUUGGACCGCUCGGAUGAAUUCAACUGCACUCAGUGGACUUGCCAUCAUGGUCAAUUUCAUUGUAACAGUGGAGGGUGUAUAAGUGAAAAUCAGAAGUGUAACUCUGUGAACGACUGUGGAGACAACAGUGAUGAGAUGGGCUGCAGAACAGAUAAUGUGUGCGAAGGCCCAACUAACUUCAAGUGUGGCAGCGGAGAGUGCAUCAGCAUGGACAAAGUAUGUGACUCAAAGAGAGACUGCAGCGACCAGUCUGAUGAACCAGUUGAGUGUGGCAAAAACGAUUGUUUAACGGGAAAUGGCGGCUGUUCUCAUCAAUGCAAUGAUCUGAAGAUCGGCUACAACUGCUCCUGCCCUGCUGGAUACAGAUUGGACAGUGACAAUAAAACUUGUGAAGACAUUGACGAAUGUGAGGUGCCAGACACCUGCAGCCAGAUCUGCAUCAACCUGCCCGGGAGUUACAAGUGUGGUUGCAACGACGGCUACGAGGUUGAUCCAGUGUCCAACACAUGCAAAGCUGAAUCAGGGACAGUGGCCACAUUGUUCUUCACCACCCAGCACGAGGUCAGGGAGCUCACAGUGGACCGCAGUGAGUAUGUCAGGCUCAUCCCAGAGCUGAAAAACGCUUUGGCUCUGGAUAUGGACAUGCUAAACAAGAAUAUCUUCUGGUCAGACCUGUCUCUGAAGAAAAUCUUCAGCUCAAAUAUAGACAUGGCCAGUGACUCAGCUAAUCACAAAGUGGUCAUUGGAAGCGGGAUUGAAGCCCCAGAAGGCCUUGCAGUGGAUUGGAUCCACGGCAACAUCUACUGGACUGACCGCACCUUGAAGACCAUCUCUGUGGCCACUGCAGAAGGCAACAAGAGGAAGACCCUCAUCACUGAGAAGCUUGGGAGGCCCAGAGCCAUCACAGUUGACCCAGAAAAUAGCUUUAUGUACUGGACCGACUGGGGAGAGGAGCCUAAGAUUGAGAAGUGUGGACUUAACGGAGCCGGUCGUGUUGCCUUGGUGAAAGACAACAUUGAAUGGCCCAAUGGCAUCACCCUUGAUAUGGUCAACCAGCGUCUGUACUGGGUCGAUGCCAAGCUGCACGCCAUCUUCAGCAUUGACGUGAACGGAGGGACCCGACACAUGGUCAUAUUUAGUCAGGAAAAGAUCCAACAUCCCUUCUCACUGGCUGUCUUUGAGGAAAAAGUUUUUUGGACAGACCCCAUCAAUGGCUCUGUUUUCGGUGCCAACCGCCUGACGGGAAGGGACAUCAAUGAGUUGGUGACUGGUCUGCAAACUCCAGAGGACAUUGUGCUUUACCACAACCUCAAGCAGCCAUUCGGUGUAAAUUGGUGCAGAGAAGGCAGCAUUAUAAAUGGAGGUUGUGAGUUCCUGUGCCUUCCUGCUCCUCUGCUGGAGAAGGACUCUCCUAAGUACACCUGUGCCUGUCCAGACAACAUGACCCUGGCUGCUGAUAUGAAGACAUGUGUUGCAGCUGCACCUUCUUUCAAGAACGGGACUGAUCUACCUGUCAUGUCCAAAACGACCACCACCCAACCAACUACAUCUACCACCACCAAAGCUGCGGAGAUGCCCACAACUAGCUCGUCUGUCCAGUCAAAACAGACCCCAGAGAGACCUGCUGGCACUGCUCAAGGUUUCCGACAUGCUGUGAUGCCCGAGGAAGCUUCUUCAUCUCACCCUGUUGCUCUCUACGUUGUUCUGCCACUCGUGAUCAUAGCCGGGCUGGUGUUUGGAGCAGUGUUGUUUUGGAGAACCUGGCGCAGGAAGAACACCAACACCAUCCACUUUGCCAACCCCGUGUACCAGAAAACCACCGAGGACGAGGUACACAUCUGCAGGAACGGCUCCGACGGCUAUGUCUAUCCUGAGAGGCAAAUGGUGACCAUGGACGACAUGGAUAUCCUGUGAUCUGUGGAACUUUAAUUGAAAGAUUUUUCUACCUCUGGGGAAACACAACCGACUGCGUCACACCCCCUCAGUUCCCCCAGUGACCUGACUGGUUUAUGUUUCCGACCCCGGCACCGUGCCGUCCAAACCUGCAAAAACAGCAUCUCUAAUUCUCUUGCAAACAAACAUCCUUCAAACAGAAGGUUGAGUACAGCCAGAACCGACUUUUUUUUUCUAAAUGAAAAAGCAAGGAACGGUUUCAGAAGAUAAUGCUUAUCUAGGAGCUUUGACUCUUCUGACUCUGUUUAAAUUUGCUCAGUACACACACAAAAGAUCAAUGAAACAGGUCCUCCUCAUCUUGCCCCUUCGCCAUAUCAUAUGUUUCCAGCUAUGGCUGUUACUUUACCGACGUUUGAGUUCAAUAAAGAGCCGUAUGCUUCAUUUUGACAAUGUGUCGAUAUCUACCCACAUUAAAGAUGUUUCAUAGCCACUUUGACAACCAAUAGUUUCUUUAAGUAAAGUUUUCUACAAUCCACUCCUAAUGUCCAGUAAGGAAAUGUUGCUCAUUGUAAUUUCGAUUUGAUCAGGAGUCAUGAUCUGUCAUAUUAAAUUAACGUUAACUGGUCUUAAUGCCAGUAAGAGGUGAAAUAAACAAUAAUUCUAAGUAUUUUGAAAAUAAUAUGCAAAUAAAUUAACUCAUGGGUGGGAAUUUAGCAUGAGAACAUGUGGGUACGAAGUGAGUCGUACGAACUGGAGAAGGGUCGAACUGACCCAGAGCCUACUGAAACUCGCAUAUUGUAUUUAUAUACCUCUUUUACUGCAUUGCACAUCCAACUUGAACGUCCAUAUCUGUAAAAUCUUACCAAUUCAUGCGUGCCUUGUAAUGACACUCCAGUAGUUGGAAGAAAUUUAUCGUAAGCCUUCCAAACCGUGGCCUUUUGUCACUUGUAAAACAAGAAUUGUGCGUUUUAAUUGACUUGACUCCCAUGUUCUACAGCCUAUUUGUUAUAUUCUGUAAUAUUCGUUUGCAAUGUUUUACAUUGUCGUCGUUUUAGUUCUGUUCAUUCUCCAAAUGAGUUGCAGCUGUUUGGAUUCACAGCUGGUUUACAUUUUGGAAUGAAGAAGCUGCUGAGUCUUUUUGACAUCAACCAAAAUGAAGAAAUGUUCUCUUUUUAUUAAGUGAUUGUAGCUGAUUACCUUUGGCAACAAUGUAAAUAGCUGUAAAUACUUUGUAAAAGGUCUGCUCGAUCUAUUGUUCACAUUUGUAAAUAGAAUCAAGAAGUAUGUGAUUGGUUAUUCUAUUUAUUCAUGGAUAGUUUUGGAUUUUUUUUUCCAGCUGGCUGUAAGUAAAUCAUAUCUUUAAAUGGUGAAGUCUGACCUUGACACUGUGCAACUUUAAUUUAUCUGUCUGUGAAAGCUUUGAAUUCUUGUUCAGUUUCAUGUAUGAGUCACUGCGGCAGGGUUAGCGCUUUACUUUGCAUCAGAAGGCGACUCUUUAUGGUGUCGUAGCAAGAAUGAAGAAACCUUCUGUUCUUCUUUCCAUUGUUUGUUGUCUCCCUCUCAUGACUCGCGUUAUUUUUUGUGCUUCCUCCAUUCUGUUACUGUGAUCUUCUGUUUCCAUUGUGGGAUUAAUGCUGCAUUCGAGUCACCUUGGAAGUCUGGGAAUGAGUUCAACUCGUAAAACCAGCUGUGCAUUGAAACACUAGAGAAAAUCCUUGGUACAAUUCAAAAAUACAAAUAAACUGUUUGUUCCUGAAACUGUUUUAUUUUCGUUGAACACCAGUCAUGCUUAAUCUGAAUUUUGAGUUGUUUGCACACUUCUGACUUUCCAGGUCAGAAUCCCGAGGGAACGUUCUAUUUAAUAUUUCAUGCCUAGAGCUUGAAAAUUCUGACUUAGAAGUAAAACUCAAAUACAGGUUUUUUUCCCCAAAGCAUGAUAUUUUCUCUCACUGCAGAAUGUAUGUUGAAGUUUGUAAAGUUGAUGCACAGCAAUCAGCUUGGUAAUGCACAUCACUUUGUUCACUUUUGUUUGAGGAGUUCGUUGUGUUUGAAAUAAAAGAGUUUGAAUAUUUA